AUGACAGCACCAUAUCAUCAACUCAGUCGCGUCUUCUUCCCUCUAUUCUUCUACCCUCACUCACCCAGCCUCUCUUUUACAAGAAAACGUCUCCAGCAACUGUCUUCUGGAGUCCAAUUUCCCAGGACGGUCCUUGCCCUGCAGAAGCAGAGUGAUUCUGCUCUAAAAUACAUGCCAAAGCAAUUAGGCACUUACGAACUAUGCCUGUUUCUUAACCUUACUUUUGCACUGUUGCGUACUCUAGCUUUCCCUUCCUUCUCAGGACAGGUUUCAUGCCAUUACUCACAUCAAAGCAUUCUGAUCAGUACAGGCAUGAAAAUCUGCUGCAUCUUUCCUUGUGGGAGCUUGAACUUUCACCUCACCUUAGGCUGGCUUAUGCUAAGAGCUACGUCCCUACUAAAGUACAGCUGGUCGUUUCGAAGCUUGGGCAGUCAGAGUAUCAAUUUGUGGGUUCAGAUUAUGAACAAUGUUUCGCUUUACAACCGCAGCCUAUCACCUCAGCUCGCCCGCUCGAGUUUAGUCGAGAAGGCCUUGUUUGGAAGGAAAGCGCCAACUUCGCUCGAACUUAUUCCCACGGUCGGUUAA